AAAAGGAAGAAGAAGAAGAAAGAAGGAGAAGGGGAAAAAAGAAGAAAGAAGGGAAGGAGGAAAGAAGAAGAAGAAGAGAAGAAGAAGGAGGGAGAUAAAAGGGAAAAAGGGAAGAGAAAGGAAGAAAGGGAGGAAGGAAAGAAGGAGAGGGAAGAGGAGAAAAGGAGGGAAGAAGAGAAGAAAGAAGAAAGGAGAAAAGAGGGAAAAGAAGAAGAGAGAAGGAGAAAAGAUAGGAAGAGAGGGAGAGAAAGAGGGAGGAGAGAAAGAGAGGAGGAGAGAGAGCGAGGAGAAGGGAGAAGAAAGAGAGGAGAGAAAGAGAGAGAAGAGAGAAAGAGGAAAGAGAGAGAGGAGAGAGAGAGAAAAAGA